AUGGAUGAUAAGCACGUCACUUCGACGGAAAUAGUGCCUAUUUUGAACGAUACAUCUCAAGAUUCGAAAUCUCUAAAUUACAAAAUUCACAAAUGUCACUCGGAGAAACGCGAUGACACGCGGAAUGAAGAAAGUAUACAAGACGUUCGCGAAAAUGUACCCACGAUUUAUAUUGAGUCGUCGGACGAGGAUGACGUAUCCGAGAGAUUUUCGGAUGAUGUUAAACGAACGGAGACCCAAAUUCUUCCAUUCACGACAGAUCUAGAAUCAUCCGUCGACUAUGGAAGAGAAUUCGCAAAGAAAAUUACUCCAUUUAGAUCACUCCUUCACGAACGCGCUCAGAAGCUCUGGUUGGAAAUGACGAGCCUUCGGCAAAAACUGACCAAUGAGAUGGCUCUUUGGAAAAAGGAAAAAGAAGAAUUUCAAUUUUUACGCGAAAGAAGCAAUGCUCUUGCGUUUGAAGAGGCAACUGCCGCCGCACUGGCCGCAGUCGCAGCUUAUGCCAUUGAAUCGCCGUUUUCAAGCGAUUUAAGUAACAUCGACUUUACGUCAGAACCGAGUAUCAGGGAACUCACGAUACUCGAGUACGAGAAAAAUCUCGCCAAGUAUUACGACCAACAUUCCUUCGAGCAAGCUGAGCAACGUUACAAUUCAUACAAACGCGCGCUUGUUGACGCCUACAAGCAGAAGUUGUCGGAGGUCGAGCGUCUCUGCGACGAGGAAUUGGAGAACAUACAACAAAAUGCAAGCUGCUUGCAGCCGUUCAAGGAGAUUGCGUCUCAAUGGUCCAUCGACGAGAAUGAUCACGGUGAUUCGCAGCACGGUUGCGACAAUCAAUCCGAAUCCAUGGAACCAUCCAAAAUCGUCGAAACUAGUCCAAGCAACGACUGGUGCAUAUAUGGAAAAAUAGACAACGAGGUCAAUAUGAUUCCGGAAAUUCUAUCUAUCCGUUUCAAACGAGACGAAACAAUAUAA